CUCCCUCGCACGCGCCUGCGAUCUCUCUCCCUCUCCCUCUCCCUCUCCCUCUCGCGCGUAUAUAGAAACCUCGCGUUUGCCGAUCCCGACCACCGCAAAUCCCACUCCCUUCCACCCGCCCGGACGCACAAGAUCCUGGGCGACCGGCGCGGCCGUGGUGGUACACGACUGGGCUAGCUAGCCAUCGCUGCCGUUGCCCAAUGGCCCGGCUCGCCCUCUCCGACUGCCGCGGCCUCACGCCGCUCCGCGCGCGCAGCGCCAUUGCGCUGCCGUCGCCUCCCCACCUCGCCGCGGGGCCGCGUCGCCCCGCGCCUGCCGCCAUCCAUCGCGACUGGGCGCUCCGCGUCUCCGCGCCAACCCGCCUCGCGUCCGUCCUCGAGGAGGAUAAAAGGGGCCUCGGGGGAGCGGAGGAGGCCGGGAGCUCUUCGGCCGGGUUCAACCCGGGGGCGCCGCCGCCGUUCGGCCUGGCGGAGAUCCGCGCGGCCAUCCCGAAGCACUGCUGGGUCAAGGACCCGUGGCGGUCCAUGAGCUACGUGCUGCGCGACGUCCUGGUCGUGCUCGGCCUCGCCGCCGCCGCCGCGCGGGCCGACAGCUGGCUCGUCUGGCCGCUCUACUGGGCCGCGCAGGGCACCAUGUUCUGGGCGCUCUUCGUCCUGGGACACGACUGUGGGCAUGGGAGCUUCUCGAGCAACCCAAAGCUAAACAGCGUGGUCGGCCACAUACUCCAUUCCUCCAUCCUCGUUCCAUACAACGGCUGGAGGAUUAGCCACAGGACGCACCACCAGAACCACGGCCAUGUGGAGAAAGACGAAUCCUGGCACCCGCUACCCCAGAGGCUGUACAAUAGCCUGGACAGUAUGACAAAGAAGUUGCGGUUCAGCAUGCCAUUUCCCAUGCUUGCAUUCCCCUUAUACUUGUUUGCGAGGAGUCCUGGCAAGGAAGGCUCACACUUCAACCCAAACAGCGAUUUAUUCCAACCUAAUGAGAAAAAGGAUGUGCUAACAUCCACUGCAUCCUGGCUGGCAAUGAUUGGGGUUCUCGCAGGUCUGACCUUUGUGAUGGGGCCUCUUAAGAUGCUAAAGCUCUAUGCAAUCCCAUAUGUGAUAUUUGUUAUGUGGCUGGAUUUUGUCACAUACUUGCAUCAUCAUGGUCACGAAGACAAGGUCCCCUGGUAUCGUGGAAAGGAAUGGAGCUAUCUGCGUGGAGGAUUGACAACACUUGAUCGGGACUACGGGUUGAUCAACAAGAUACACCAUGACAUUGGCACUCAUGUCAUUCAUCAUCUUUUCCCACAAAUCCCGCAUUAUCAUCUUGUCGAGGCGACUGAGGCAGCAAAACCAGUGCUUGGCAAGUACUACAAAGAACCAGAGAAGUCGGCUCCUCUCCCAUUCCACCUACUCCAGGUGCUAUCGCGGAGUUUGAAGAAGGAUCACUAUGUUAGCGACACCGGAGACAUAGUUUACUACCAAAGUGAGUCAGAAACGAGUACAUCUGGACAGAGGUCUGAUUAAGAUGAAACAUUAGCAUAUAUAGGUCAUCCUUAAACUCCUCAGGAGGUUGUGGCUUAAGUAAAGAGUUAAACACCCUUACUAGGCUCCUGGGAUCUCGGAUUGGCGAGUCCAUGAAUGUACAUCAUGAAGCACGAAUGUAGUAACUAGUGAAUUAUUACCAUUGUAAAAGAGCAAUUGCUGCUCGCUUCUGCUCGCUUCAACGCUUGCCUUGAUCUGCUGGUAUAGCCCCCUUGGAGUACAUCUUAUAUAUAUAUAUAUAUUUUUUUUCUCUUCUCAUUCA